UGGGCCCCCCGGGCAACAGGGGAUCAUAGGGCCCCUGUGUCCUUGCCCAAACUCAAAAAAGCCUAUGAAAAAGGUACCAGGAGCAUCUCAUGGGGCCCCCUAUUAACCCCGGACCCUCAGGCAAGUUCACGGAAUAUAUGUAUGGCUGAUAUUGGAAGGAGGCACCCAAGCAGGGGCGGACUGACAACUCAUGGGGCCCCCGGGCAAUAGGUGAUCAUGGGGCCCCUGUGUCCUUGCCCAAACUCAAAAAAGCCUAUGAAAAAGGUACCAGGGGCAUCUCAUGGGGCCCCCUACUGACCCCGGGCCCUCGGGCAGUGCCCGAGUUUCCAAAUGGUCAGUCCGCCUCUG